GUGAUAGUGACGUCAUAAUGGCUGCAACAAUUGACGAAAUAAAGGAAAGUUUUUUGGAAUUUGACGUCGAGAUAAACGAUGAUGAAAUUCUUGAAAAGUUUUUGUUUCUUUCAACUUUGUUUGGAAUGGACGCCGAGAGUUUGACAAACGAAUGGAUCGCGUUCCAGAGUCGGAACAACCACUGUGACGUCACAAUACAUCAACUGACAUUGUUGGAACGAGAAAUUACAAAUGUUCGAGCGAAAACUCGGAAAUCAGUGAAGCUUGAAACCCCCGUAAAACAGGAGAUUAAAAUGGAGUAUUGUGAUGUCAUAAAGAACGAUUCAUUAAAUAACAAUGACAGUUUGUUGGAGGAGAAAGUUAAACCGUCGCAAAUUUAUUCUUCGCGGACAAAUUCUGGGGAAGUUGUCGAUUGUUUUUGUUCAGGGGAAUCCCCGGGUGAAGGGGUGUGGCGGGGGGGGCGGGGCCGGGUGAAAGUGACAUGGGAGGGGAGGAAGAAGGGUAAAUAUAUGUUCCAGAGGAUGCAGGAGUCAUGUGAUGUCAACAAUGACCAUAUUGAGAUCGGGGGAAGUUUGAUCAUGGAGGAGAAUAAAGAGAUUGAAAGUUACGCUCCGUGCGGGGGGAACUCCCAAACCCCCGUUGUUAUAAUGGGGAGGGUGCGGUCUGAGGAUGGGGCAAAGUUAACCCCGCAUUCCGUCGCACUAGAGGGAGAUAGAGGGGUGUCAAGUGGGAGGGUAGGUGUGGUUGGGGUCGAGGGGUUGACUGAGUUCUCGUUGUUCCCGGGAAAGUUAGUCGCGAUGCGGGGGGUCAAUAUAGAUGGGAGGAAGUUCCACGUUUCCAAGAUAUUUAAUCUUCCAAGGAGGGUCGGGAGGAUGCGGGUGGGAGAUGGGAGCAAAGAAGAUCAUUUCACGAUCAUGGUCGCAUCCGGACCCUUUACUACAUCCGACUCUGAUGAUCACAAACCACUCCUGGACUUCCUGGAUGUUGUGACGAAGAUGCAACCAUCGCUCACUAUAUUUAUCGGCCCUCUAGUGGAGAAAGCAACUUCUGGCAAAACUUACGCUGACUCAGCGAAAUUUUGGACGUCGCACAUCAUAAACACCAUCAGUGACAUCACAGAGGUCGUAUUUGUUCCGUCACAACGCGAUUUAUUCCACCACCCAGUUUACCCCCAACCCCCAUACAACAUCCCGGGGUCAACGAAAGUUCACUUCGUUAGUAACCCGGCAACAAUCAUCGUUAACGACAAAAUUAAAAUCGGCGUCUCGUCAACGGACAUCCUCUUCCACUUGGUGGCAACAGAGAUCUCUCGUUCUGCAACAAAAAAAUCCGACAGAAUCGGUCGCUUGGUGUCCCAUAUAUUGAACCAGGGGAGUUUCUAUCCUCUCUAUCCUCCCGAUAAAUCUGUUAAUCUUGAUCUUCUAUCUUCCGAGGAUCACGGGAGGAUCCCCCCGGAUGUUGAUCUCGUGCUUCUCCCCUCCAACCUCCAGCACUUCAUCAAAGAUGUUGCAGGACAUAUUUGCAUCAAUCCCGGGAGGAUCGUGAAAGGGAAGAGCGGAGGAACUUACGCUCGCAUCCUCGUGGAUGAGGAUCGAUCAUGCGUGGCCGAGAUCAUCAAAAUAUGAUUUCUAUGUUUGGGUUAACGAACUGUUGGAGUUAACGCAAAUGGAAAUUCUAUGAUUUCUAUGUGAAAAGCCUUUCAUAAAAAUCUGUUAUUUUUUCAAAACGGCCCACUGCCAUGUUAUAUAUAUAUGAUUUCUAUGUUGCUUGUGAAAGUUCUCGAACUAUAACAUUUCUUGUUUUAAAAUUAAUAAUUUGAUAAACUGACAAACUUUCCAUGAAAACUUGAUUCCGCACAGCCAUGUUAUAUGUUUUCUAUUGCCACAAUCAUAACAUAGACAUUAUAUAAUAUUCGUAACUUUUUAUAAUAUAUUGUUGCAGACAGUUAAGAUGGUCGUUCAAUGGGAAGAUAUACCGAAGAAAUAUAAGCCCCAUUGGUCCCAGUGGAAAGUGGAAGGCACCCAACUUGAAGAUGUCCAACGUCGGUUGGCUGAGAAAGGAUUGAAGGAUCCAUGGUUGAGGAAUGAGGUUUGGCAAUAUAAGAUUCCAGAUCGAUUCACACGAAUUACCAAGACGUUUUCCCGUGGGAUGUUUUCCGGGUUCGUUUUAUUCGCCGGUAUCAUCAUGUUGGAGAAGAUGCGUUCGUCACCACCUAGUGACCAUCAUUAACUUUGUGACGUCAUUAUCUUUGAAUAAAUUAAAACUUUUCAUUUAAAUCACAAAA